AUUUCCUUGGCAAAGCCAGAUCUUGUUAGAGUCGAAUAUGGGCGAGUGCGAUGUUUUCUCACAGACUCACAUUUUUGUUCUUCAUUAUUCUCACAGAAUCAGCAGUGGAAACUUCGUCUGGAACAUUUUCACUGUUUUAAUCGAGAUCGUACGAAAGCGGGACAUUGCCACUUCGACACGGAUGGAACGGCGGCCAGCUAUCGGGCCUAUCUGGUUCCAGGACGCAAGCUGUUACGAGUGGAUAAACCACAGUAG